CACUUAAAAUCCAUCUCCCCCCAACCCCAACACCCUUUUUCUUUUCUCCUCUUUCUGCCUCUGAAGCACUCGAAUCUCAAACCCUAAUCGAGCCAGAUCCGCUCAGAUCUGAUCUCCGAUGGCGUCGAGAGAGGGAUACGUCUACAUCGCCAAGCUCGCGGAGCAAGCCGAGCGCUACGACGAGAUGGUUGAAGCUAUGAAGAACGUAGCGAAGCUCGACGUGGAGCUCACCGUAGAGGAGCGGAACCUGCUCUCCGUCGGCUACAAGAACGUCUCGUGGAGGAUCGUGUCAUCGAUCGAGCAGAAGGAGGAGGCGAAGGGGAACGAGAACCACGUUAAGAAGAUCAAGGAGUAUAGGCAUAAGGUGGAGUCGGAGCUCUCGAACAUUUGUCAUGAUAUUAUGACCGUAAUUGAUGAGCAUCUGAUCCCGUCGUCGACAGCUGGGGAGUCUUCAGUCUUUUAUUACAAGAUGAAAGGUGAUUAUUAUCGGUAUCUGGCGGAGUUCAAGACUGGAAAUGAGAGAAAAGAAGCUGCUGAUCAGUCACUCAAGGCGUACGAGGCCGCUUCCAGUACUGCUGAAGCAGAUCUCUCUCCUACUCACCCAAUUCGAUUGGGCUUGGCAUUGAACUUUUCAGUUUUCUAUUAUGAAAUUAUGAACUCUCCAGAAAGGGCUUGCCAUCUCGCGAAACAAGCUUUUGAUGAGGCCAUUUCUGAGCUUGAUACCCUAAGUGAAGAAUCUUACAAGGACAGCACUCUGAUUAUGCAACUUUUGAGGGAUAACCUUACCUUGUGGACCUCUGACAUCCCUGAUGAAGGAGCAGAGGAUGCAAAGGAGGGUGCUGGAAAGGGCCUUGCAGGUGAAGAUGCUGAGUGAAUCCGGAGCUAACAGGAUCGGUGUUUUAAGCUUAUUCCCGGUGGCCUUUUCUGCAAUAUGGUUGAGAUAUUUUUGUGUGUUUUAUCUCCCCUUGCUUUCUAUUCAGUGUAGUGGAUUUUAUUCCCAGACUACCGGAGAUGUAGCCAAUUUGGACUUUUUGUUUGUUGUUAAAGUCUCGUUCAUAUGCAUCCUGUUUCAUUGAAAGAUAUUAUUGUUCUGAAAUGCUCAAAUCUGUUGUGUUGUUCGUAAUGUGCCGUAAAAGAGACUAAAUGUGCUCUCUUAAUUUGCUUUAUUGUGGUUUUACACUUUAUCAGGCAU